GGUGACGUCACGGGCAGCGGAGUGGCGGUCGGUGAAGGAUGUGGUUCCAUUUCGAGUUCAGUAUUCCAUGAGCGGAUCAGCUGCAAAUAAAAUAUGUAUUUAAUUGCUGAUAACCAUGAAGGCCCCAAAAAUUGCAUUUGUUUUGGUCCUUUUCAUAUGCCUAUUCCUAUACGUCUAUCAGAAGAAACCUUUGCAACGAAUACAGAGUGGACUUGGAUUCAAUGUGCAGGUCACACACGAACAGCCUGUUCCUCAAGCCUUCUAUGGAAUUAUGUUUGAUGCUGGCAGCACUGGGACACGCAUCCAUGUUUUCAAGUUUACCCAGAUGGCAAAUGAAUCUCCUAAACUUGCAAAUGAAACUUUCAAAGCCUUGAAACCAGGAUUGUCAGCAUAUUCUGACAAGCCUCACUUGAGCACAAAGGGAAUUCAAGAUCUGCUGGAGGUUGCCAAAGAAUCAGUUCCUUAUGACCAUUGGUCAAGCACUCCUUUAGUAUUAAAAGCCACGGCUGGGUUACGGCUUUUACCUGGAGUAAAAGCCCAGCUUUUACUAGACAAGGUGAAAGAAGUCUUUCAAUCAAGUCCCUUCCGAGUGUCAAAUGAUUGUGUUACUAUCAUGGAUGGGACAGAUGAAGGUAUUUCAGCAUGGAUUACUGUCAACUUUUUAACAGACAGCUUGCAAGAUUCAAAGCAAGAUGCUGUUGGAAUGCUUGACCUUGGGGGUGGUUCUACGCAAAUCACAUUUUUGCCUCACAGUGAGAUGACACUCCAGACCUCUCCUGUUGAUUAUAUUACCUCAAUUCAGAUGUUCAAUAGCACUUUCACACUUUACUCACACAGUUACUUGGGGCUUGGGCUGAUGUCAGCGAGAUUGGCGAUUUUAGGAGGAACUGAAGGUAGACCAACUGAGAAAGAUCAAGACUUAGUCAGUUCCUGCUUAGCACCAGGCUACAAAACAGAAUGGAAACAUGCUGAAAUUCUUUACAGCAUUAAAGGACAGAAAGCAGGAGAGCACCUAUAUGAUUCAUGUUAUUCAAGGAUAGAGAAGGUGCUUUACAAAAGGGUGCAUAAGCCUGAGGAAGUACAGAACAUUUCAUUUUAUGCAUUUUCCUACUACUACGACAGAGCAGUCGAUGUUGGGCUGAUUGAUGAAGAAAAAGGAGGCAUUUUAAGAGUUGAAGAUUAUAGGAGAGCAGCCAAGCUUGCAUGUCAAAGUAUAGAAGCUGGGUCAACAGAUCAACCAUUUCUUUGCAUGGAUCUUGUAUACAUAACCGUACUGCUACAGGAGCUGGGAUUUCAAAACGAUGCUGAGUUAAAGCUUGCUCGAAAGAUCAAUGGUGUUGAGAGCAGUUGGGCACUGGGAGCUACAUUCCAUUACAUUGACUCCCUUCACUGAAACUGGAGAGAAAUGCGAUUGUUUACAUUAUCAAACAGUUCCGUCAGGGUUGAACACACACCUUCUUCAAAAUAUUGUCUUCCCCCAGUGGCAAUGGGGCAAUCAGAAAAUGCGGAUCUAGACUUUGUUGAUUUUAAUAUUCUGAGUCCUGUGGUUUAUUGUUUUAAAUCCAGGCGAUCAAAAAAUCACUGAUUUUUAGAUGGUCGCCACAUUGGCUGAGAUUUUGCAUAAUCUUUAACAAAAAUGGUGAGAAUCUUUGUUAUAAGUUUAUUUUAUUUUUUAGGAAUCAACAAAAACUAAAUUUUAAGGGCUUGUGGAUUGUGUUUAUUUUUUGUUUCUUUUUAAUAUGUAAUACCAUUUUUAUUCAAUUGGAUUAUUCAUAGACUAAAUUGCGACAUGUUCUAUAUGCAAAGAUUAAUGUUCACACGAAACAGAAUUUCAAGUAUGGUGCCUUUUGUUUAACCUUUUCCAGUCAAGAUUGCACAAAGCUGCAAUUUCUGUCUUAUAAGCUCUGCCUUAUUUGUUUUUUUUAGGUUUGUAGAGAAAAUUUUGAGGUCUGGGAAGGGAGUUAGUGAUCAGGUUAGGAUUUAGGGACAGGGAUGUGGGGGAUUUAGAGGACAGGCUGGAGUCUAGGCCUCUGUUCCACAUUCAGCCACUUGGAUGUGGUCAGAUGUUGAGCCAGCAAAGCAGCAAGAAUGAGGCUGGUAAUGUCUCGGUAUGCAAGCUGGGCUGGCAAAGACCAGAGUUCAAGGCCUAGUGUUCAGGGGCCCGCCAUCGGUGAGUCUGGAGCUCAAGGCCUGGAUCUUGUGUCCUCAUUCGUUGUUAUUGGUGAGUCCUGGGUCGCUACCAAAAGAUCAAAACCCUAAGGUCGUUCCGAAGUACAGAAGUCGAGGCAUGAUAGCCAGAGCUGUGAGGGUGCAAACCUCUUUGAGUCCUUUGUGGAAGUCGAAAGCCCAAUAUCUGCGAAUCCACGAGUCCGUUGGAGCCUGGAGGCCAAAGAUGGCCUGUCUUGGGGUUAGAGGACUGGUUGGGAGGGAGGAACAGGUCUUGGCUUGCUAGUGAUGCUUUUGACUUGGUGGUCCUGUGUUGUUCUGUCAAGCUUGGUGGGCAUGUUGUGUUGGCGCUGGAAUGUUUGCCAAAGCUUGCAGGCUGGCCCCAGCACAUCUUUGUUGGCUGUUACACUGUCUCGCCAAUGAACUGGACUCUGAAAACUCGUUCCUCAAUCACACUUUAUUUACUGAUGCAGAAGGAAAACAGCAUGGCCCCUGUCACCACACUUUUCUGAAGUUUGAACAAAGAAAUGCUAUUUUUUAUACAGAAAUUCACUAGUUGGAUACAAAUAUUGAUCCAAUAGAAACUUUGUGCACUUCCGAUUCCCAUCAUUUGUAUAUUUUAGUACCAAUCAUAAUACAUAUUUCAGGUGUUAAUAACCAAUUAAAUCUACAUGUUAAGGGCUAAUAAUACUUGAAUUAUUAAAGUAACUGUCCAAUAGUAAAUACUGCCCUAGAAUUCUUCAUUUACAUCUUUAUCUUGGUACGCUCAGUGACCUUGGUUCCCAGGCUUGAACCAGAUCUGAAUCAGAUCUUUUCCAUGAAAUGAAAAUAAAACCAUUUUGAGGGAACACUAGUUCAUUUAGAAAAAUAGCUACUCACAGUUGGACAUCACAAUCAACCCUUAUUCAACACUCCAUCUACAAUGGAUGUCACCAUAGCAUAAUGAGAAGAAUAUCGCAGAUUUGCUGAAUAAGUAAUACCAUUUACUGCUGGAUAUCUGUCAGUUGCAGGGACUUGCCAUUUUGUUACAUUUAAGACCAUUCAGUUAUGUAUUACACGAGCCUGUAAUAUUUUAUUCUGUAUGCAUCAAAGCACAACUGUGAGAGCUAUAAACAUGCUUUGAAUAGCUUUUAUCGGCCACAAUAUCUGCAAAUGAGCCAUUCACAUUUGGAACUGUCUGCCAAUAGUAUAUGUUGAUUUAAAUAUUGGAAUUCCAUUGCAAAAGAGAGCAAAGUUUGAGGAGAUUUUUCCAUGCUUCAUUUGUAACCUCCUUGGGGGCAUCGUGCUGAAUAAGCCUGCCAAUCCAUAGUAUCUGUAACCUCCUUGGGGGCAUUGUGCUGAAUAAGCCUGCCAAUCCAUAGUAUUUGAAUGAAGUAACCUGGCCACUUUUUUUUAUAGACUGUAUAGGAUAUAACGUCUCUCAAAAGGACUUCACAGAAAACCUUUAUUUAUAAUUGUUUAAAUUAUUUACUUCAGUAAUGUUUGAAAGUUGCACUUUCAAAUUUUAAAGGAUAGUGAUUGCAAAAUUUAAUAUUGAAUCUUCCCCAGUAAAUCGAUUAUAGAAUUGAUGUUAGCCAGCCAUAAGGUUUGUCAGCUAGUUUUUAGGCAAUUUGCCGUAGUAAACAAGCUGGCACCUACUUUCUGCUUCCAGGCGAGUCCUUCCUGUUUGUAAAUUUGAAACCAGCUGCUGCUGAAGGAGCAUUAUUGUCAUUCAAUGAUGGUUAGAUGUUGACCCUUCUCAUUACAUUGCCUUGUGUUGAAGCUAAAAUGCAAAUUUAUGGUCAGUGAUCUGCUUGAAUCUUCCAACCUUAAUGCAAAAUGCUAAACUCAAGCAAAAAUUAACUGGGAUAAAAUAUGCACUCUGCUAAUCUAUUGUAAUUUGGGAACUCUUCUCAGAAUGAUUAAUUAAAGAUUGGUUAAUUUCCCUAUGAAAGGGGAAGUGGAGUCAUUGAAUGUUAUCCAAGUCAAUUUGGAGACCUUGAUUCACCGGAAUAAGGGUAUAAAAUGGGGUGAGCAUUUCAGGUAUGAGGCUAUCACUGGACAGGUCUUGCAAAGAUUUUUGCUAAUAGAUUCCACUUACAUUACUUGUUAACACAAAAUGUAAAAAAUCUACCUUAUUGUCUGUUGGAGGCUGACUUUUAGCACCUUAUCUUUCUAAUUUCUGGAAGUAUAUGGUCACCUACCAAAACCACUUUACAAGGUGAUGAACAUUCAGUAUGCAGACUCAAUGAAGAUUUACUAAUGCCUCAGACGUUUGAAACAAAUAAACAUAUGAAAAUUCUGCUCCCAAAUCUGUUCUCAUCAUGGCUUCCAACUGAUGUAUGGAUGUGUUUGUAUCAUUGAUCGUUUCCAUCUAAGUUUGUUUGCUAUCUGUUCUUAAGCCAUUCUUCUUUUAUUUCCUGAUUGCAAGUUUGAACUUAUUUUCAUUUAAAAAGUCACAGAACUCAUGUAAAAAGUUACAAUACAUUUGAACAGAGCAACAACUGGUAUUUGAUCUUUACAGAUCUUCAAGAAUUAAGUAAAUAAAUUAAUUUUAGUGUUCUACUUAAAAGGAUACGUCUUCUAAAGUUUUGUUCCUUUUUGACCAACACAGAAUGCUGGAGGAAUACAACAAG